GUUCAUGAUGCAAAGGUGACUUUACAUCAUGAUUACGUCCCUGCAUUUUCCAGCAACCUUGGACACCACCGUAUUGAGCGAUAUCGACGAGGCGGACUGGUCGAUUUCCAAGGGGAUCCCCCUCAUUUUGCGGACAGUGGGUUGUCGCUCCUAGUCACCCGACUCCCACUUUCUGCCAGCUCAGGCAGUGUUCUGUUGGGAUCUAGUGAGAGCAAGAAAAUGGAAAUGGAUCCGAAGGAAAUCACAGAAGGUACGGGUUUCCAACUAACCGUUCAGAAUGAGAUGACCGACCCUGCUUUGCUCCAACAGGAAGGCGCUCCUGUGAAAGCUGAUGGAUCUGACAAAACAGCGCUGCAUCUGGCAAUAAAAAACAAUGAUAUUAAUAUGGUAUCUGCACUACUGCAGAAAGGCUCUAAAAAUACUAAGAACAAAGAUUACCGAGCCGCUCUGCACUUGGCAGCCAAAUCCGGAGCUACUAAAAUCGCUUCGUUGUUGAUUAGAAAAGGCGCUGAAGUCAACUCGGUGGACAAAGGUUACACGGCUCUCCAUUGGGCCGCAGAGAAAAAUCAUAAAGACGUUGUUACUGUGUUGCUGCAAAAUGGCGCUGACAAGAAUCUUAAGACUUCGGAAGGCACAGCGCUGGAUAGAGCUGCAGCAGGUGGCGCCACCGAAGUCGCCUCUUUCCUUCUUCAGGACACCGAUCGUCCUUCAAGCGACGGCUGGUGGAGACUGGCACUGCGUAAUGCACUUCACAGCGGGGCGACCGAGAUAGUUUCUAUGCUCAUCAAGAAAGGCGCUGACGUUCGCACUACUUACAAAAAUCGGUGGACUACCCUGCACGUUGCUGUAAGUGGCAAUGCACCCAGCGCACGGUUGAUUUCCUUGCUGCUGGAGAAAGGAGUAAAUGUAAACGCAAAAACCAAAUCCGACAGCACGGCACUACACUUGGCUGUAGAAGCUGGCGCCACCGAUGUGAUUACCUUCCUACUGCAGAAUGGCGCUGAUUUAUUCGCAAUGGACUCUCAAAAUAGGAUGGCACUGCAUUUAGCCGCAGAGAAUGGCGCAGUCGACGUUGUCUCUUCACUGCUGGAGAGUGGUGCCGACGUGAAGGCGAGGGGCGAAAUGAUGAUGACAGCCUUGCACUACGCUUCCAAGAAAGGUUUCGUAAAAGUCGUCAACCUGUUGCUCAACAAUGGUGCGAAGGUGCUGGUAAAAGACAGCAAACACCGAACACCGUUGCACUACGCGGCAGAGGCGCGAGCGGACGACGUAGCUACGCUGCUGUUACUGAACAAAGCAGACGUACAUGCAAAAGAUAUACUCGGUUGCACGCCGUUGCAUUUCGCAAUCGAUAAAGAUGCUGCACGUGUCGUCACGCUGUUAAUUUAUUACGGUGCUGAUGUCAAUGUGCAAUGCAAUGGCAGUAACACACCUCUACAACUAGCGGCUAGAAAUGGCAAUCAUCACAUCGUAUCUCUGUUGUUGCGAAAGGACACCAACGUCAAUGCAGCGGGCGUUGGUGGUGAGACAGCAUUGCACUUGGCCACUAGGAAGAGUGCUACAGAUAUCGUUUGCCUCUUGCUGCAAAAUGGAGCUAACAUUGAUUCCAAGGAUUCAAAUGAAAAAACACCAUUGCACGUCGGUGCUGAACAAGCAUCUGUUGACACUGUCGCCCUUCUUUUGCAGAACAACGCUGAUGUGAAUGCGAAGGACGCAUCGGGGCGCACAGCUUUGCACUUUGCCGUGGGAAAAGGUGCCGGUGAUGUUACGUCAAUGCUUCUGGCUAAAAACGCCGACGUUAACGCUAGAGACGGAAAGAAAAGGACAGCACUGCAUUUAGCGACCGAGAACUGCAGCCGUAAUAUCGUUCUCAUACUCCUGGAAAAUAAUGCAGACGUGAAUGUUAAAGAUGAAAACAGUAAGACGGCUCUCCACUUCAGUGUCGAGAAGAAUAAUGUUAACAUCACAUCGAUGCUCUUGCAAAAGAAUGCAGUCGUUGACGCCAAGGACGAAAAGAGUAGGACGGCUCUGCACUUAGCAGUGGGGAAGAACAACGUUAAAAUCGUUUCUUUGCUACUGGAAAAGAAUGCUGAUAUUGACGCCAAAGAUGAACAGGGAAAGACGGCACUGCAUUUAGCCACUGAGAAAAGGGCUACCGAAGUUGUGGCGCUGCUACUGGAGAAGGGCGCCGAUGUUCUUGCGAAAGACAAUAGAGAGAAAACGGCCCUACAUUUAGCCUCUGAGAGCAAUGCGCGAGAAAUCGUCUCCCUGCUCUUGCAAAAGAACUUCAACCCUAACGCGAAGGACAAAAAAAGAAGGACGGCUUUGCAUUACGCCGUUGCGACAGGCGCUACUAACAUCGCCUUGACCCUCCUGGAAAAUGACGCCGACAUUGACGCGAAAGAUGAGAAAAGAAUGACGCCGUUGCACUUUGCCACAGAGAAGGGCGCCAUUGACAUUGUUAGAAAGCUCCUGGAAAAGAAGGCGGACGUCGACGCAAAAGAUGAGAAGAAAAGAACUGCACUGCACAUGGCUUCUGCUAGAGGAGCUGUCGACAUCGUGUCUCUGCUGGUUGCUAACGAUGCUGAUAUCAACGCUAGGGAUGAAGAGGGAAAAACAGCUCUUCAUUGCGCCAGACCUUCAUCAGCGUCACGCUCUUGUAUCGAAGUUCUUCUGGCAGCAGGUGCCCUGGUAGAUGUUACAGAUAAUGAUGGAAUGACACCUCUACACCGAGCAGCGAUGGGUAAUGAUCAAGAAGGUGUGCAAGCAUUGUUGCGGGCUGGAGCUAGCGAGACUUCAGUGGACAACAAAGGGAAGACCCCCUCUGAUGUUGCAAGAUCACUUUCUCUCCGAAAACAACUGAAUACAUCAAGACUGAUCAUAUUUACUGAUAGGGAGAACACUGCACAUUGA